AAAAUCCAUUGGGUUGUAGUCCCUCCCUCUCUUAUCCAACUAUAAAGGGCUCUACUAAUUUUACUGUAAAUUCACUCUCUCGCCGGCGCCGGAAAAGUAUAUCCAACGGCGAUUGGUGGUUUAGAGUCCAUUUUUUUUGUUUUGCAGAUAAGGACCUCAAGUUUCGAAUUGACGGUCGUCUUCUCCGGCAAAGUUGAUACUACUACUUUCCCGUUUAUCAUUUGGCAGUUUUUUUCUCCGGCGAAAUUGAGUUAUUGCUGUGUUGCUGAGUCGUGAUCGUGCACCAUAGACUAUCUCUCUUUACAAUGGCAUCUCUGUCAUGGUGGAAUCCCGCUCCUGCCACUGCUGCAAUGGCAGCUUGUUCUCCAUCUCCAACGUCCUGUAAAACCUCCAACUCAUUAGCACUGCCGCGCUCUGUGUUUGUCAGUAAGCAAGAAGAGUUGAUGAAACAAUCCAAGGGACUUUUGGUUAAAAGACAACAACAGUCGAAGAAGAAGAACAAUUCCACCAAUUCCAGACGUACUACCAGCAUUCAAUGUCUCUCGCAGGAACAAAAAUGGACUCAUGAAGGUUCCAUUACCGAGUCUCUCCCCAAUGGCAUGUUUAGGGUCAAAUUGGAUAACGCAGAUGUGGUACUGGGAUACAUUUCUGGGAAGAUACGAAAGAAUUUCAUACGGUUGUUGCCUGGAGACAGAGUCAAAAUCGAAGUAAGUCGUUAUGAUUCCAGUAAAGGACGCAUCAUUUAUAGACUCCGUGGUGGUCGAGAAGGGUAGGAGUCUCAGUGGUGGUGUAAGGCUAUUUUGUACGCGAACGGUGACCGUCUUUGCUAAUGAACCACCAUUCACAUGUUCCUAUCCUUGCUUAUGAGAAGAGAACCUAGAAUGUAUAUUCUUAUACUUGGAAUAUUCAUAGGCAUUUUACCUUUUGCUCUUUAACAUUUAUGUUGUGAUAGUAAACCAAGACUGGAAAAAGCAAAACUUGUGCAUCUUUUUGGCUAUUUUCUUGAUUGCUUUAUUCCAAUUUGAAUUUAUCUG